AUGGCUCUCGAAAGUACUCCGCCAGCUCAAUCAUCAACUAAAUCCUCCAGCGCCGAUCUGCGUCGUGCCAGGAAGCAGAUACAACUAGCGCACGUCAAGCAACUUUGGAUCUUCCUUGCCAGCGUGAUUGCUUUUUUCACAAUCCUCCGAGUUUUACGCCUCAUCCUCCGCUUCUUCCUUGUCUCUCGUCCCGCCAACCGCGUGGAGCUUGUGGUGUCGGAGAAGGAGGAUUUGGAAUCCACGUCAACGACCGUGCGCCGUAUCAACUCCCCAAUCUCGCGUCUCUACGGUGCUGUCGCUACAGGAUUCAGAAUCGCCGCCUUUCGUUGGAGUCUUCCAAUCGGACCAGGUUCUGUUGCAUCAAUCUCCGAGUUGACUUUUAUCUUCAUUUACAUCGCGGCCAAUUUUCUUUGGCUUUUCUUGAAUACUAACAAUCUGGACUGUGCGUUUUAUCAAGACAGGGCCGUCCUCCUCGCUUGCUGUCAUCUCCCGCUCAUCGUCGCAUUGGCAGGCAAGAAUAACCUAAUUUCUUGGAUGACGGGCAUCAGUCACGAGAAGCUGAAUGUUCUGCAUCGCGCUUCAUCAAGGACCAAUUUUAUCUUCAUAUGGAUCCAUACAUAG